AUGCCUAAAAAAAGAAAGGGACAUGCUUUGAAGGAUAUUACCAAUGAACUGGAACAUAAGAAACCCAAACCAAAUGAAGCUUUACAAUUAUUACUGCAAUUACACCCUGAUUUAAAUAGUCAAAAAAUAUACUUUUUUCCUUGUAUGAAUGUACAUGAAGAGGGAAUACUUCUUUAUGACCAAAAGGACAAUUUUUAUUAUGUUAAUGACAUUUUAAUUAUUGAAUGGAAAGAUACAAUACUUAUACACAAAAUAGUAAUAGGUAAAGAUUUUGGCAUGGAUAAAUUGACAUUUCAAACAAUUGAGGAAAUUGAAAAUAUAAUUGAUAAUUUUUUUCAAAUGAAAAUAUACGAAGGUUUUUUAACUAAAGCGAUAUUAGAAAAUAAGGACUCUUCAGAAGAAUGUUAUCAGCAUAUAAACUGCAAAAGUAUUGCACAUUCAUCUAAACAAUUAUUAACUGAAAUAAUCUUAAAACAGCAUAAUGCAUAUAUUGAAAAGGAAGAAGCACCAAUAUCUACAGAAAUGAGUAAUUUAAUAGAAAAUGUGUCAGAAAAUGUAGUUAAUAAUCAGAUAGAUAUUAGUAAUUUAAAUCCAAUUCUUCAAAAGUUGAUACAAAUUCAGUGUAGCAACAAAGAAAAAAUGAAAUACCAUCCUAUGUUUAUUUGUUGGGCUAUAUCAAUUUAUACUAGAGCAGGAUACACCAAUAUUGAUUCAAAUUAUAUGCCUAAAGAAAUAAUUGUACUGGAUCCAGCUGAAAAUUACAAAUUUGAAUAUAUUUCAGGCUGGAUAUUAUACAAGUUAAUAUGUGUUGAUGCAAAAAUUAAUGCACAUUUAAAAAAGGAUGUUUUAAAAAAAGUACUACAAUCAUUAUUUCCUGAAAAAGGUACUGCAAGCCUUAGAGAAAAUCUUAAGAUGAUGUGUUCAAAAAAAACAAGCCUAUCAACAAAACCCAGUUUAGCUCUCAAUCAACUUCAUAUUUGGGCAGAAUUGGAGGAUGCUAAAUUCAUUUUACUAAUACUUUUCAACUGA